GGGACUCGAGCCUGGGAAGCCAGGUUGUUGUUGCGGCCUGUGAGGGAGGUGAGUGCGGCGGCAGACGCGGCACUUCCGCGCGGAGGAGCCGUGAGGGCCCGGGCGUGAGGCGUUAAGCCGCCAGGGAAGCAUGUUUUUGGCUCUUGGCAGUGGAACAAGAUUCCUGAAGACAAUUUAUUCUUCAAAAAUCCUUAGAUUCUCUACUUCUGCUAAAAUGUCUUUGAAAUUCACAAAUGCAAAACGAAUUGAAGGCCUUGAUGUUAACGUGUGGAUUGAAUUUACAAAGUUGGCUGCAGACCCUUCUGUUGUGAAUCUUGGCCAGGGACUUCCAGAUAUAUCCCCUCCUAUAUAUAUAAAAGAAAAAUUAUCAGAGAUUGCAACCAUUGAUAGCCUGAAUCAGUAUACACGGGGCUUCGGUCAUCCAGCACUUGUGAAGGCUCUGUCCUGCCUAUAUGAAAAGUUUUAUCAAAAUCAAAUUGAUCCAAAUAAAGAAAUCCUUGUGACAGUAGGAGCAUAUGGAUCUCUUUUUAGUGCCAUUCAAGCUUUAAUUGAUGAGGGAGAUGAAGUCAUAAUAAUAGUGCCUUUCUAUGACUGCUAUGAGCCCAUGGUGAGAAUGGCUGGAGCAACACCUAUUUUUAUUCCUCUUAGAUCAUCUAAACCUGUUUAUGGAAAAAGAUGGUCUAGUUCUGACUGGACAUUAGAUCCUCAUGAACUGGCAAGUAAAUUUACUUCCAGAACCAAAGCUAUUAUACUAAAUACUCCACAUAACCCCCUUGGCAAGGUGUAUACCAAAGAGGAACUCCAAGUAAUUGCUGACCUUUGCAUCAAAUAUGACACACUCUGCAUCAGUGAUGAGGUUUAUGAAUGGCUUGUAUAUUCUGGACAUAAGCAUUUAAAAAUAGCCACUUUUCCAGGUAUGUGGGAGAGAACAAUAACAAUAGGAAGUGCUGGAAAGACUUUCAGUGUAACUGGCUGGAAGAUUGGCUGGUCCAUUGGUCCUAAUCAUUUGAUAAAACAUUUACAGACAGUUCAACAAAAUACCAUUUAUACUUGUGCUACUCCUUUACAGGAAGCUUUGGCUCAAGCUUUUUGGAUUGACAUCAAGCGCAUGGAUGAUCCAGAGUGUUACUUUAAUUCUUUGCCAAAAGAGUUAGAAGUAAAAAGAGAUCGGAUAAUUUGUCUACUUGAAAGUGUUGGCCUAAAACCCAUAGUUCCUGAUGGAGGAUACUUCAUCAUUGCUGAUGUGUCUUUGCUAGAUGCAGACCUCUCUGAUAUGAAGGACAAUGAGCCUUAUGACUAUAAAUUUGUGAAAUGGAUGAUUAAAAAUAAGAAACUAUCAGCCAUCCCUGUUUCAGCAUUCUGUAACUCAGAGACUAAAUUACAGUUUGAGAAAUUUGUACGAUUUUGCUUCAUUAAAAAAGAUAGCACACUGGAUGCUGCUGAAAAAAUCAUCAAAGCAUGGAAUGUGCAGAAGUCUUGAUAUGUGCAGAAUGGGUCAGUGUUUCUUUUCUAUUAGAUGACCUAGUAUGAAAUUUCUACUUAGUGCUGCCACCUGCUGAAUGUUGAAAAACAAAUAUUUCGGUACAAAUGGCAUUGAAAUAAAUAUUUCUUUUGUUUUUCCAAAGAAGUUAACCCUACUCCUAACAAUAUUCAGGAGGUCUGAUUUUAAUUUUCAGUUGACAUGUAGUAAAACACUUGCCACUAUCAUUUUAUGAGAAUCAGCAUAGCAUUGUGGAUAAGAACUGAGAUGCUUACCCUCUCUGUUCCUUAGUUUCCUUGUUAUAAAAGGGGGGUAAAAAUACCAUCUGUUUCAUAUAAAGGUUAUUUUUGAGGAUUAAAUAGACUAAUGUAUGGAAAGCCUAGCAAAUAGUACUCACUCACCUGA